GUUUCCUGUUCCUGCAUUUCGGUUCCGCCUGCAAAGGCUGCGCUUUAUUUUUCUGAUGCACGUGUCUCUUUUGCACAAGUCCAGUACUGUUAAAUGCAAACGUUAAAGAAAGUCCUUGUAUCGUGGUGAUACGUGAGGAGGCAGACUGUGAAUGCACUUUCUGACGAUUGACUUUUAAGUGUAAUUCACGAAUUAUUUUGUGUCGUAUACCUACAGUGAGGUAUAAUUAGCGCUUUUAUUUUCUUUAGGCACUGAUACAUUUCAUUUUAAAGAACUGUGGAAAAGACGGAGUCCUGUAAUUGUAUAUUUUAAAAUAUGGGAGCUUAUUUGUCUCAGCCAAACACAAUGAAGUCCAGUGCCGAUGGGGGAAACGAACAUCUGAGCUUCGGAUAUUCCGCUAUGCAGGGCUGGCGGGUGUCAAUGGAGGAUGCCCACAAUUGUAUUCCCAAGUUAGAUGAAGACACAGCCCUGUUUGCAGUUUAUGAUGGCCAUGGAGGUGAAGAAGUUGCAUUAUACUGUUCUAAAUAUUUUCCUGAAGUCUUAAAGGAGCAGAAGUCUUACAAGGAAGGAAAGCUUCAGAAGGGACUUGAAGAGGCUUUUUUGGCAAUUGAUGCCCGAAUGACACAAGAAGAUGUAAUAAAAGAACUGUCAGAGAUUGCAGGGCGCCCACGUAAUGAUGAGGAAGAAAAGGGUAAAGUAGCUGAAGAAGAUGAUGUUGAUAAUGAGGAGACAGCCCUUCUUCAUGAAGAAGCAACAAUGACAAUUGAAGAACUUCUAGUUCGUUAUGGCCAAAACCUGAACACCGUGAAUACAGUUAGCAAAGCAUCUUCUGUAAAUAAAUGUGUGGACAAAGAAGAUAUGGAAAAUCGUGAACUGCAAAAAAAUGCCAAUGGACAAAACAGCUCUGAAGAGCUUUUAAAUGAUCAGUCUGCCAGUCAUGACAGUUCUAAAGAUGAUGUUGAACAGAUAUCAUCAAGCUCUACAAGCCUUGAAAGUGAAGGUGCUAAAAGGGGGACCAGUCUGUCAUCUGAGAAACAUGAGAAAAGUGAAGAGGAGGUGUCCUCUUCUACAGGUGAUUCUAGACCUUCGUGUUCUUCAAAUACAGGCAGACUUCAGUGGGGAACUAAAUCAAAGUUCUUUGAGGACAGUGAAGAUGAAUCAGAAGGGGCUGAAGAUCAAGAAGAGGAAUGUAGUGAGGAGGAGGAGGAGGAGGAGGAUGACGACGACGAUGAUGAAGAGGAGGAGUGCAGUGCUGAUGAAGAUGAUGACCAGUACAGCAGUGCUGAUGAGGGUGAUGACAGUGAUGAUGCAGAAGAGGAAGUCCUGUUACCGGGAAUGGAUGGAAAAGAAGAGCCUGGUUCUGAUAGUGGGACAACAGCUGUUGUUGCAUUGAUUCGUGGAAAUCAGUUGAUUGUUGCUAAUGCUGGAGACUCGCGAUGUGUGGUUUCAGAAAACGGGAAGGCAGUAGACAUGUCUUAUGAUCACAAGCCAGAAGAUGAAGUCGAACUGGCAAGGAUCAAGAAUGCAGGGGGCAAAGUUACUUUGGAUGGAAGAGUUAAUGGGGGUCUAAAUCUUUCCAGAGCUAUUGGAGAUCAUUUUUAUAAACGAAACAAGAAUCUUCCUCCAGAUGAGCAAAUGAUUUCAGCUUUGCCAGAUUUGAAAGUAUUAACAUUAACUGACACACAUGACUUUAUGGUCAUUGCUUGUGAUGGAAUCUGGAAUGUUAUGAGCAGUCAAGAAGUGGUGGAUUUUAUAAGUGAACGGCUUCUUAAAGAAAAAAAAAAAGAGACAAGUUUGUCUUCCAUAGUGGAAGAGCUGCUAGAUCAGUGCUUGGCUCCAGACACGUCGGGUGAUGGGACGGGCUGUGAUAAUAUGACCUGCAUUAUUGUUAGGUUCUUGAAAAAGUCGAACUGUAGCCAAAUUGACAGUAAGAGAAAAUGGACAGUUGAAGAGGAGAAUGGCAAUGUGGACAGUAAGAAAUUAAAAACAGAAUAAGGUUAGAACUUUUGAAUUAUCCCUGCCGCUCAGUUUGAAUCAAGGAGAACAAAUUGUUCCUUUUUUAUUUUUAUGGACAAAAUGUUUGUUUUUGGUACAAUUAUAGAAACCUCCCAUGAACCUCUUGUCUGGUAGAACAAUAAAAAAACAAUUUCUUGUAUUUGUGUGUUCAUUGCUCAUUUUUUUUUUUUACUUUUUUCAUACUUUCAUUAAUAGUAUUCAGAUGUUUUGCAUCUGCCAUUUUGUAAUUAAAUUAACUCUUUCUCUUUUUCUACCAACUGCCACAAUUGUACUUUUGAUUUUAUUAAUUUUACUCAUGAAGACCUGCUUUUAAUGUAAAAACCACUAAGUGUAUUGUAUUUCAUUUAGUGUUACUUAAUUUACUAGUAUGUGUUCGACCUUGCAAUUUAGGAUCUGGUGUUCUUAUUCCAAUAAAUUUCAAUGUGAAAUAA